AUCGCCUCCCCCGCCGCCUGUGCUUGCAGCAUGUGUGAUUGAAGAGGCUCCAGUGCCGCCUGCCUCUCCUCCCUGCCCAUCUCACUCUCUACAGGCUGGCAUCUGACAGGAGCGGCAGUGCCCCCAGCAGCGCCCGGGAGCGGGGGCCCCCGUCUUGUACCACCCCGUGCAGCAGACCCUGGAUGAUUACCGAGGAGGCUUCUCACGGGAGGAGACCCGCCGCCACUUCUGCCGCCGCCGCCGCUUCUUCUUCUUCUUCUUCAUGUUUUUUUGUUGUGACCUGGAUUAAGAAGAAGUGAGAAGCUGAGGAGGAGAGAGAUGCCCAGGAGGAAGCAGCAGGCACCAAAACGGGCAGCAGGUUAUUUACAAGAUGGAGAAGAGGAUUUGAAGGAUGACAGUGUCAAGGAUGAUGAGGAGGAGGAUAAUGACAGCAACUCCACUGUUCCACUCCAGGACAGUGCUUACUCGCCCACAGAUGAGGAACAAGAGGUAGUUGGAGACCUCAAGCAGAGUCUCAGUUUCCAGAAUUCCCCAGGAAGCCUCAUAUGCAAUCAAGAUGGGGAAAGUGAGUCCUUGUUGAGUGAUGUCAGUGAUCAGGUGACAGAUGUAAAAAGCGUAUCUUCUAAGGAUGCUCAGGACCAAAAAACAGACCCGCUCCCCCGGCUCCAGCCAGAGGCGCACGACUGUCCGGAUAAAAUGAAGACUGCCUAUACCAACAUCUUGUCUGAUUCUUACUGGACAAAUUUAGGACUAAGUCUUAAGGUGCCUCCUACUGAUCGGAAGCCUUGUGACGGUCGUAAUGGAACUAGUAAAGGGGAAUUUGAUUGGCAUCAAGAUGCUCUGUCCAAAAGUUUACAGCAAAACUUACCCUCAAAAUCAGUUUCAAAACCAAACCUCUUCAGUUCUGUUCAGUUGUACCGUCAAAAUUCCAAAAUGUAUGGCACAGUUUUCACAGGAGCCAGCAGGUUCCGUUGCAGGCAGUGCAGUGGCGCCUACGACACCUUGGUGGAGCUAACUGUGCAUAUGAAUGACACAGGCCAUUAUCAAGAUGAUAACCACAAGAAAGACAAGCACAGACCUGCAAAUUAUUCCAGGCCCCGAAAAAGGGCAUUUCAUGAUAUGGACAAGGAGGAUGCCCAGAAAGUUUUAAAGUGCAUGUUUUGUGGAGACUCGUUUGAUUCUCUCCAAGAUCUAAGUGUCCACAUGAUAAAAACAAAGCAUUACCAAAAAGUGCCUUUGAAGGAACCUAUCCCAAGCAUCUCAUCCAAAAUGGUCUCCUCUGCAAAAAAACGUGUAUUUGAAGUGACUCGACCAUGCUCCCCAGAUUCAACCACCGGUUCCUUUGUGGAUCACUGUUCCACACAGAAGAACUCAAACUCACAACUGUCUUCUAACAAUCGGUAUGGCUAUCAGAAUGGUGCUAGCUAUACUUGGCAGUUUGAAGCUUGUAAAUCUCAAAUUCUAAAGUGCAUGGAAUGUGGCAGUUCACACGACACCUUGCAGCAACUCACGACGCACAUGAUGGUCACUGGACAUUUCUUAAAAGUUACCAAUUCAGCCUCAAAGAAAGGCAAGCAGUUGGUCUUAGACCCUCUUGCAGUUGAAAAGAUGCAGUCACUUUCAGACUCACCCUCAAGUGACAGCCAGUCAAAGCCAUCCGCAAGUUCUCCAUCUGGAGGAUCCACCUCUGAAAUCCUGACAAGUAAAGAAUGUAAAAUGGAUGUGUCAGAAGAUAGUAGCAAGGAAGAAAAAAUGGAUACCAAUGAUGAACAUGAAGAUGUUCUAGAAAAGCCUUUAGAUCCAACACUCAAGUACCAGUAUCUAAGGGAAGAGGACUUGGAAGAUGGCUCAAAAGAAGGUGGAGAUAUCUUGAAAUCUCUGGAGAACACUGUAACCUCUGCUAUUAACAAAGCCCAAAAUGGAACACCAAGCUGGAGUGCCUACCCCAGCAUUCAUGCUGCAUACCAACUUUCAGAUGUCAUAAAACCUUCAGUUUCUCUUGGUUCUCAAGUAAUGCAGAUGAGACCAACCUUCUCAAAUAAAUUUAGGCCAAUUGCUCCCAAAUGCAAAUCUACAACACUUUCCUCAAACAGCCCCCUUGAACCUCAGUCUACACAAGUGAAGGAGGAGUGUGAGGACACAGAGUCUGAAAGAGAAUUAUCAAAAGAGAUCAUUAAGUCAGAGAGAACACAAGCAGAUAAAAGUGAGAAUUCACCAAAAGCGGACAUCUUGUCAGAGUCAUCAAGUAAAGAACCGUGCUCCCCUAAACAUGAAGAGAAAACUAAACAAAGCUGUGAAAACGAUAAACCCAAACUGCUGGAACCCACCCAGUCACCACUAGAACGAGAAGAAUGUUCCUCACUACGAAGUUCAGCAAAUCAUUCCCCUGAUAUUCCAUGUGUAAAUCCUCUCAGUGCUCUACAGUCUGUGCUAAAUAAUCACUUGGGAAAAGCAUCAGAAUCGAUAAGAUCGGCUUCCAAUUCAAGUUCCACAAGCUUAAUUUCCAUGUUUCAGAAGUCUCCAGCCAGUCGGGUAGAAAAACCAGCUGUAUGUCGGACACCACCGCAACAACAACAACAACCUGCCGGCCAUUAUUUAUUUGAAACCAUUGAUCAACCAAUAGAUCUAACUAAAUCUAAAAAUAAGAAAGUGGAGUCCUCCAAAGCUCAGUCAUGUACAUCUCCCCCUCAGAAGCAUGCUCUGUCUGACAUAGCUGAUAUGGUCAAGAUUCUUCCUAAAGCUACCACCCCAAAGCAUGUUGCUUCGUCUAGAAUGGCCUCCAUGAAACUAGAGAUGGAUUCCCGACGCUUUGAAGAAGUCUCAACAGAAGUUUCAUCUUUACAUAAAAGGAAGGGAAGACAAUCCAACUGGAAUCCUCAGCAUCUCCUCAUUUUACAAGCUCAGUUUGCAUCAAGUCUCUUCCAAACAUCAGAGGGGAAAUAUUUGUUAUCAGACCUUGGGCCCCAAGAACGCAUGCAGAUUUCUAAGUUUACUGGACUUUCCAUGACAACCAUCAGCCACUGGUUGGCCAAUGUAAAAUAUCAGCUCCGGAAGACUGGUGGCACAAAAUUUCUGAAAAAUAUGGACAAAGGACACCCUGUGUUUUAUUGCAGUGACUGUGCAUCUCAGUUUCGAACCCCCUCCAGCUACAUAACCCACCUAGAGACCCAUCUUGGGUUUCAAAUGAAAGAUAUGAACAGACUGGCAGUGGAACAGCAAACCAAGGUAGAGAAGGAAAUAUCGAGGGUAGCUGUACAGAGGUCACCUCAGGUGGUGGCUGCAGAAGAAGACACAGACUCUAAGUUUAAGUGUAAAUUGUGUUGUCGGACAUUUGCUAGCAAGCAUGCAGUUAAGCUGCACCUAAGCAAAACACACAGCAAGUCCCCAGAACAUCAUUCACAGUUUGUUACUGAAGUGGAUGAGGAAUAAUUUGUUAAUUCUUCAUUUGUUUUUACCAGACUGUACAUUUUACAGCCCCACAGAACGGUGCAUUUCAUAGAAGUAGUGAACCUAUGAAGAGGUCAGGAUCUGUCAAUGUAUAUACUGGUCUGCUCUGUACCAUUGUUGAGUAGGUCAUCUCCCAUCACAUUUCCCAGGAAGCUGCUGCUAUAUUGUCCUCUUUGGGACUGCAUCACUCCUAAUUUAGCUGCAAACAGACGCGUUGUCCAUAGAUUACAAGAAACCAAAAUGCUUCAUCCCAGGAGAUUAUAUUCUUUAUAACUCAUAGUAAAUUAAAGGCGAAGUAUCACUGAUGGUCCUAUGGAUACCUAAUACCACAAGGAUACUCAUCACUGGGUUGUUUAGUCUCCAUUUCUUUUUCAAAUAUGAUCACAUUGACCCAGCAUUUUCAUUGUCACUUUAGAUGCUUCUUCGGGGUUAUGUUGGAAGAUAGGGAAAUAUAUAUUUAUUAUUGAAGUUAAAGUGGAAUUAUAUGGAUUUUAAAAAAGGUUCUAGAGGUUUGUGCUCUGACUUUGCAAAUUACCUUUUGUCAAAAUUAGAUUCCUUUGCGGAUCGUGACCCAAGGUAGUCCUGGGAUUGCUUACAAAUGCAAAGCCACAUAGCAGAAGAUUUGGAAGUGGUGUGUAGACUAAAAUAUGCAUGAAUUCAGCAGGUCCAUAAAGGGUAACUUUUAUUGCCAUGCUCCCUAAAGAGUAUUUUCACCUCUGAUCACUAUUUAGCAUAUAGAACCCAUCUAUAUAGACUGGGAGUCACCCUAUUAAUACUUUACAUAACUCAUACUGCUCCUGAAUAACAGUCUGUAUUAUAAUUCAGAGCUGUGCUCGAUAUUAUGCAGCUUUACAUCUGAAGUCUAUUAGCAUCCCCUGCAUGUUAAAUUGUCUGUACAGCUGUUAGAGGGCAUCUGUCUACAAGCUUGCCCAUUUCCAGCAACAGCCAGCAGAAUUGUGAGUGCAGCUCUGGAGUUAGUGAAAUGGCAGUGCCAUUCCUCCAUUGAUCAGCUUUAAAGAAUACCUGACAGAACUGCGAUUUUGGGGGAUGAAAUCUAGAACCCCCUGCUUGUUAUGGGUGAUCCCCGCCCGUUCAAGUAGGAGGAUGCUUUAGGAACAGCUGAAGUCUGGGUACCAAUCAAUGUUCUGGUUAUAGAUACCCUGUAACAGUAUUCAUGACCAACAUUUGAACAUGUUCUUCUUUGGCUGGUUGCUAGUCUGGAGAGCAGUUUACCACUGCAGUCUAUGAAGGGCACUGCUGAGCCAGGAUCUCGACAAGACACCGUCUGUCAGCACCUCAGACUGUUGCUGCCCCAGCUCUUUAUCCUGACCUGAGGGCCAUCUCACAGGGAUGGAUGCGCAAUGCACUUUACAUUGUAUGUCCAUCCUAAAUAUGGCCAUACACGAGUCUAAAG